GUGGAGGGGAACGUGGCCACACUAUCGUCUGGGGGGCCAAGACCCCAACAGUGCCCUGCCUGCCCCAUGGCCCCUGACAUGCGCACACAUGUAUUUCAUUUCAUAUACACACUGACAUACUGCUGCAGACAUCAUCAAGCCCAAUCUCACGGGAGUGCACAUGCACUCACACAGAAAAACACACAGAAUUCUCUCCCUGUCUAUAAAUAAUUGUAACACCAGGUGCCGGUGCCAUGGCCGGGGGGAGGGGACCAGAGUAGGAGGUGCAAGGCUGUGUUUUGGCUCAGCAGGGAGUGUGUGGAAGGGCACUGAGCCAGGUGAGCCCAGAGAGGGGAGGAAGGGGCCUUGGGGAAGGCUUUCAAUGCCAGCAGAAGACAUGGGGGAGCCACAGGUUUCUGGAAGGGAGCCUAAGAAAGGGAAUUGGGGGCCCUGGGGAAGAGUCUGGUAGGAGACAGGAAAGCAGGGAGUGACCUGCACUGGGCGCUGGUGUCUCAUUCCCCUUCCUAGUACCCAGCAUAAGUGAGCCUUCCGAACCAGUUACCGAAUGAGUGAAUGAAUGAAUGGCCCAAGCAAAAGAGGCCUGAACCAAAAUGGGCUUGGAAGAGAGGGGCCAGAUGCCAGAAUUCACUAGGCUUGAAGUUGGCCGACUGUGGCAAUUCACUGGUUGGAGAAGUCUAAAGAUGCUCGGGUUCUGGGGACCAUCAGUGGUACCAUUAGCAGAAAGAAGAGAGCAUUGGGGCAGUGGCACAUGCCGUAGGAUGGUGAGAGAGACAGGUGUGCAGAGAGUGACCAGCAAUGACUUCACUGUGUGGAGCACAAUUGCAUCUGAGUAGAAGCAUAGUGAGUUUAAAUGUCCCAGAAUUGGUUUUCAUUAAAUCACCUCAUAAUUGAGAACAGAAAGGGGGAUUACAAAAGACACAGGUGGCCAGUCUAUACUGGGUGACAAGCCAGCUAGGAAUUUUCCUUCCUAGGUGACUUUCCUUGGGCCAGAUCUCAGGGCAGGGGCAGAGAGGGGGGAGAGUGAAAACUUUCCGCUGCUCCCCUGGAGAAGACCCUCCACUCAGAUAGCCUGUUUGCUUAAGGGAGAGCGCUUCGGGGUCCUAAGCCUGGGAUUCAGGCCCCCUGGGUACGGAGACCACUCUGUGGAUGGUUGAGGGGUUCGUUGUCUUUAGAAAGCAGCAUGGUAUGGGUGGGAAAGAGAGGUGGGGUUUAGAAUCAGCCCACCUGGUUAUGAAUCUCAGCUCUGCCUCUGCCCCACUGGCCACUUUCCCUUGCCAAGCCUCAGUUUCUGUGUAUAAUGGGAGUAAUAAUGUCUCCCUCGCAGGGUUGUCAUGAGGCUCCAGUGAGAUAAUAGAAGUGCCUGGCACAUAGCCCGGGUUUCGUAAGUGGUAGUCUUCUUCCUUCCCCGGAUGGACUUCUGGAGCAGGGGAGUGGGGAGUAAAAACCCUGUUCUCUUUCUCUUCCAGUGUCAGGGGAAGCUGAUGGAGAAUCGCGCUCUGGACCCAGGCGCUCGGGACUCCUAUGGUGCCACCAGCCACCUCCCCAACAAGGGGGCUCUGGCAAAAGCCAAGAACAACUUCAAAGACCUGAUGUCCAAGCUGACGGAGGGCCAGUAUGUGCUGUGCCGCUGGACGGAUGGACUGUAUUACCUCGGGAAGAUCAAGAGGGUCAGUAGUUCUAAGCAGAGCUGCCUGGUGACUUUUGAAGAUAAUUCCAAAUACUGGGUCCUGUGGAAGGACAUACAGCAUGCUGGCGUUCCAGGGGAGGAGCCCAAGUGCAACAUCUGCCUGGGGAAGACCUCAGGGCCGCUGAAUGAGAUCCUCAUCUGUGGGAAGUGUGGCUUGGGUUACCACCAGCAGUGCCACAUCCCUAUAGCAGGCAGUGCCGACCGGCCCCUGCUCACACCUUGGUUCUGCCGACGCUGCAUCUUCGCCCUGGCUGUGCGGAAAGGCGGCGCGCUGAAGAAGGGCGCCAUCGCCAGGACGCUGCAGGCCGUGAAGAUGGUGCUGUCCUACCAGCCGGAAGAGCUCGAGUGGGACUCGCCCCACCGCACCAACCAGCAGCAGUGCUACUGCUACUGCGGCGGGCCCGGAGAAUGGUACCUGCGGAUGCUGCAGUGUUACCGGUGCAGGCAGUGGUUCCACGAGGCCUGCACCCAGUGCCUCAAUGAGCCCAUGAUGUUCGGAGACCGGUUCUACCUGUUCUUCUGCUCCGUGUGUAACCAGGGCCCGGAGUACAUCGAGCGGCUGCCCCUGCGAUGGGUGGAUGUGGUUCACCUGGCCCUCUACAACCUGGGGGUGCAGAGCAAGAAGAAGUACUUUGACUUUGAGGAGAUUCUGGCCUUUGUCAACCACCACUGGGAGCUCCUGCAGCUUGGCAAGCUCACCAGCACCCCCGUGACGGACCGAGGACCGCAUCUCCUCAAUGCGCUCAACAGUUACAAAAGCCGGUUCCUCUGUGGCAAGGAGAUCAAGAAGAAGAAAUGCAUCUUCCGCCUGCGCAUCCGGGUCCCGCCCAACCCGCCAGGGAAGCUGCUGCCCGACAAGGGCCUGGUGCCCACUGAGAGUGUGGCCUCCUCUGAGCUGCGUAAGAGAGGAAAGAGCAAGCCUGGUUUGUUGCCUCACGAAUUCCAGCAGCAGAAAAGGCGAGUUUAUAGAAGAAAAAGAUCAAAGUUUUUGCUGGAAGAUGCUAUUCCCAGUAGUGACUUUACCUCAGCCUGGAGCACCAACCACCACCUGGCCAGCAUAUUUGACUUCUCGCUGGACGAAAUUCAGAGUUUGAAAAGCGCCAGCUCGGGCCAGACCUUCUUCUCCGACGUGGACUCCACGGAUGCCGCCAGCACCUCCGGUUCGGCUUCCACCAGCCUCUCCUAUGACUCCAGACGGACAGUGGGCAGCCGCAAGAGGAAGCUGGCGGCCAAAGCGUACGUGCCCCUGCGGGCAAAACGGCGGGCAGCCGAGCCGGGUGGACGCUGCCCCUCAGACAGCAGCGCGGAGGGGGCUUUGGGCCCCGAGCGGCCGGACGAGGGCGUCGACAGCCACACCUUCGAGAGCAUCAGUGAGGAUGACUCAUCCCUGUCCCACCUGAAGUCCUCCAUCACCAACUACUUUGGCGCGGCCGGGCGGCUAGCUUGUGGGGAGAAGUACCAGGUGCUGGCCAGGAGGGUCACGCCCGAGGGCAAGGUCCAGUACCUGGUGGAGUGGGAAGGGACCACCCCUUACUGACAAGCCCCAGGGGACGCCGGCAGCCCAUUCUCUCCAGGCCCGGGCAGGGGAGGAAAGCAAGACAGCUGCGAGUGCCUGUGGCCGAAAGGCCCUCCCGCCUGCCUGCCAGGCCCAGGCCGGCGCCUCUCUGCGUGCCUGUUCCGCUCUUGGGCCUCGUCAGGCUCGCCACCCCUUUGCCUGUGUGUCUAAGGUCCCACUGGCUAUCACUCAGUGUCUUCACACUCUCCCUCCAACCGUUUACCUGUAACUGAAUGUGUGUCCCCGUGGCGCUAGGACCCUUCUCCCUGAGGCCCGAGUCUUUCUCUUCGUCCCAUUAUGUCCCUUUACCUCUCUCCUACCCCGUUUGGGGGGGGGGGGGGGGUGUUUACACACCUACGCACACAUGGCUGUCCCCGUACCGGAUGUCCUUCACAGCUGACCCGCGGGCAGCCGGUCGUCCCAGGGACCACGGUGUGCGAACGGGAACCUCCGAGCAUGGCUGAAGGUGAAGAGGACGCCCCUCCGAGCUUUUCCCUCCCCCCUCUGCUGCCCCUCCAUGCUGUGAGAGUGGGAGGCUGCCUCUGCCGGUGAGGCAGAGACCCCGGGGCUCUCGGGAUCCCAGGAGCCAAGAGGCUGGGUCUCUGCCUCAAGGCACCAACACCAGAACCCGGUUAGUACGGCUGCAGGUGUCCGCUUCCGAGGUCCCACAGCUGGUCCUUUCUCUGGCCCCGCCCCCUCAUCGUUGCCGAGGUCCUGGCCUCAAAAACUUGCGCGACAGGAAGGGGGAGGAAAGGAGACCUCAGGCUGUCUCCUGUGCCUGCCACCCCCAGACCCACCUCCCACCCAGCCGAGCGAUACCCACUCUCACAGAAGCUGCCAUCCACACGUGCGCUUUCACCCUCGCGGCCUACACACCACCCGCACGCACACACGCGCACCCCGCUCCCUCCGGUGCCAGCCUGGCUCCUGCCCUCUGCUCUCCCGUGGCCCUCUUCAGGGGCCCUGUGCUGCAACUAACUGUGAAAGUCCAGCUCCGGCCCCUUCGUCCUGCCCAUGAACCAGCUAGGACCCCACAGGGAGGCGUGGAGGGCGCACACCCUCUUCCUCACCCCCUGCCGCACCCUGAGACUGACAAUCACUUUUUGGGACAGGUUGGGACUUUUAAAAGGCUUGUGUUGUUCAGUUCCCCCAAAGGGAAGCGGGGGUAUAAGUAGAAUUCUUAGAACUGACAUUACAACUCAUACCAUCUGGAGGGAAACCAAAAAUGAGAAGGGGAGGGGACCCCUCAUUUUUGCUGCUUCCAGAGAUAUUAGAAACUGACCCACUUGAUUGGAAAGUAGGAAGAAGUGCCUUGACUAGGGCAGGGGGUGGACCAGAUGGGGACCAGCCUUGCCAACUGCCACCGUGGCCUCCAGCCUGGCUGAGUUCCGCAGGCUGCCAGCUGCAAGGCGAAAGUGGGUGAACGAAGGGGCGGCAGUGGGGGCAGCAGGCCUGGGGAGCUGGUUUUUCCGUGGCUGUGCCCAGCCCUCCCCAGCUGUGCGCAUCAUGGAGUCCCUGAGAUUGUUCAGACGCCCCUUGCCUUAAACCUCAGCUCCUAUAGUGCCUUUCACACGGGACCUCACCUCCUGCACGUGGUCCACCCACUCCCCUCUGCUUCCCCAGCAGGACCCAGGCAGGGAACAGCUGGGGUUGGGCCCAGUUCUCUCCCUUCUCAGCCCCACAGCUGCUGCCACGGAAGCCCCCCCGCUGGGGCCAGAUGGAAGGGGAGCCGAGAAGCCAGCCCCAGCCUAGCAGGGGUGUGGGACCCGGCAUCCAGUCUGUGGCUUCCUGCCUGGCUUCGGCUUUCUAGGCUUCUGGGAAAGCACUGGAUGAGCAAGGCCUGCCACAGUGCACCUGUACCUUCUCUACUCAAGCUCCAGAGAGACUCUGGGCCGGAAGAGGGGAGGGGGUGUCUUCCUCACUUGGGAAGUCAGCGGAAGGCCUGGGAAGGCCACCCUGGCUCCACACCCCAGCAUUUCAUUCAUAGCAGAUAAUAGCUGCAUUACUGCCAACUGACCUUAUAAUAACCCUGUGCACCUUUGAAAAGAUUUAUGGUUUUGAAUUGCUGCUUUUAAUAACAUUUGUUAUAUUAAAGUUAUAAUUAAUAUGUGUGAUUUAUAAUUUAAAA